AUGGCUAAGCAUCUCUCACAUCAAAUCACUUUUCCCCCAUCUCUUAAGCCUAACCCAGGCCAGCUCAACAGAUGUAUCACCAGAGUCUCGUCGCAAGCAGGCUCUCUAGCUCAAAUAGCGCAAAGAUCCUCUCGCCGGAACCAUGAGCCGUUUUCACAUAACCGCUCGCUAGCGCAACUGUCUCCCAUACAGCCUGAUGGCCCGUGGCUCACAGCUCUCUCCUCUACGCAUUUCUCGCAUUCGAAUCUGGCCGCCCAAUAUGGCGAACCACGCAGGAAUGGGGAUCAUAAACCACCAGACGAAAGAAUAGUUAGGCUAGGAAAGACUCUUCGCAUACUUUCGAAACAAUUACCUACCAUCCUCGUUAACGCACUACCGCAAGAGAUCCUUUCGCCAAGUAUAUCACUCCAUUUGUUUCCAUCUACGCAUCCACAUCUUCCUACCGUUAAAGGAAGGGUUCCCUAUCGUGCUGCCUUAUGGACUGCGCCCGUGGCAUGGGGCAGCGUUCCUAUCAUUGGGAACGUCAAUCUACGAAUAGUAAGCGAGCGGGUAGUCCCAACAGGUGUUGCUAAUGAAAAUGGACUGAAUGACAGUCCUGGUGGUGAAAAACUUGUCGUUCGUUGGGUGACUGAGGGUGCAGACCGCCCAGCAUCCAAGGUCGGGCGUGGCUCAGAGGUAGACGAUUAUAUCACUCCAGAGCGAGUGCACCGCGGACAGGAAUCAAACAAGGAUAGCCGUCUAGCCUCCUCGUCAGCCUCAAAUGGGACAAAUAGGGGACUCAGUGUGUUGUUGGGUGGAGAAAUGCCUAUCUUCAAGCUUGGAAAAGAAGAGCAGUUUACUGGGCUGUUUAUUUUCACAUUUGACGAAGAAGGCCGAAUUGCUACGCAUACAAUUGAGCAUGCCGAUGAAGGCAAUGGGUUGGACCGAACAGCUAAGGUGGUGACUCUAGCAGAUUGGCUCCUUGGAAAGGCAAAAGGAAGCGCAUCUAGUCAGAUUGUGCCUCCUCAGCCUGCCUUCGCAGCGGGCAAAGCUAGAGAAACCUCUCGGCCACGGUACCGCUUCGGCCCCUUCGAAAUAUGA